AUUUCCCUUGCAUGGCGAAAAAUUCCGAUGUUCUAUUUUUAGACUAAAUUUCCAGUGAUCUCAUCGAAGAUUCCCACAAAUGCGAAAGGUCAAAGGUAUUUGACAUUGUGAUCAUUGAUUCUAGGAUGGCAACUGUAGCAAACAAAGUCAAAAUGAUGGAGACUAGAAGGCCGUUCUACACUCCUCCGUCCUGCAUCCUCAAGACCAGUGCACAGAUCAUUAGUGAGGCCAGAGCUGCGAUGGAACACAAGGCAAUGUCUGUACGGGCCGUCCACACUCAGCGACCAUUCACACCACGAGAUGCACAUCGUCUGCUGGGGGGACGACACGGCCGCGGCCGACCACCCAGUGCUAUCAGUUUGGGACAGGUCAAAUUCCAUGACUUUGAUGCCAUGUUGCCUCGGCUGGGUGCCAGCAGUGUGUCUAGCUUGUAUCUCGAUGAGAAGUUGCCAAAACCACAGCGUACGAGAUUGCCAGCCUUACCUGACGCACGGCGUAGGAAACUUUACAAGACGUCUGCCUCUUUGGAAAACUUACCAGAAGAAGUGGAGACAGACGUCACCAGUGUUAGUCCACCAACUGUUCGAGAAAUACACAGUAGUCCUCAAGAGAGGACUUCCCCCACUCUACCAUCACCAUUACCCCUCCCCCCCACCACUACGCCUGUCAGGGGCAGCAGACGACGGGGCCUCUCUGUGGCACAGGCGAUAAAAGAGGAGAGUGGAGAGGAUGCAGAGGCCAAGGAGAACACAGUGAAUGAUAAAUUCCCUCUGGUUGUUGAUCUGAAAAAGAAAAUCGAUAAAAGUAAGCGAGAUUUCAAAAGCUUGGCAUUCUCAGACCCCCGAGUCUCGCCACAAUGCAUUGUAGGAAUGGACAAGCUGAUGGAAAGGGCAGACAAUCACAUCAAUGAAGCAAGAGAUAAUGCUCAAAUUUCAACGGAAGAUAAUCAAAAUAAGUUUCAUUCUGCAGAAAAAACGCCUCCGGAAACUGUUGAAUCAGUGCUGAAUUUGCUACAAGAACUGCAGAAAGAAGAAGCUACAGAACAAUGUAUUGUCAAUGUGUUUGGACGGCUCUACGAAGCGUUGGAACGAGAGAACGUUCCGUCCUCGAAGAACAACAAACUCAAGUCUCACAUCCUCAAAAGCAUUUACAAGCUGGUAGAGACGGCUGGGGAGACUCUGCUCAUACAUAUAACAAGAAUUGCUCUUAUGCUGAGAGUCAGUGGCCACAACUUAUCAGCUGUUUGUAAACUGAUAUUCAAAAUCUCCCGCACAGAUAAAAAUGACCAGCUUUUCCAAGACACCAAUAUACUGGAACUAUUUGUGGAGGCUUUAGGACGAGCUAGUCCACUAGAAGACGCCGAGGCGCUCAUCUAUGGUUAUGGAGCGCUCAAGUUCCUCACCAUGAACAACCAACUGCUGCGGUUGUCGUUGAUGCACGGAGCACUCGAGUUAAUGGUGCUACACGUCAAGAUUGUCAACAACGCGAGGCUGGACCUGAUGGCAAUGCCUGAGCAGACGAGCCACGCCAUGUUCCAGUUGACAGGAGCUCUACGUAACGUAGCCAGUGAGGAGGCAACGUUUCCGCAGUUUGUAGCGACAGGAGCCGUCACAGAGCUGUGUAGAGCCAUGGAACUGUUCUCAGCAGAUCUCGAUCUUAUUUGCAACAUUUCACGAACCUUAAGCAUUCUGUCCACAAGUGAUGCCUGUUGUGCCAGCAUUGUUGCCCAUGAUGGCAGUUUCCGUUGCUUUACGAAGGUGUUGGGAAAGUUUCCGGGUCGUCAAGACAUUGUUGUCAGGCUUGGCUAUGCCCUCGGCAACAUCAUGGCCAAAUGUCACGACGCUAGACUCAGGCUGUACGAGGAGCCAAACAGUUUGGACACCAUCUUGUCUCUGCUGGAGGGUUACCUGGAUAAAGACCUGGAGUUGAGUUGUUCAGAAGACAGUAACACAAACUGUUCAACUUCACCACUAGGCUCAGACGGGUCCGUGGAGGAUGUAAUCAUAAAGAUGAUCCGUAUAGUGGCCAACAUGUGUCUUCAUCCUACGGUGGGAGCCAGUCUUACUUGCUGUCCUACAGAGGAUGAUGAGUUGUACAGUUUUGAGCAUCACUCUGGCAAGGACUGUGGCAGGUUCGUAGACAUCCUGUUGACUGUGUUGAGGCGCAAGUCUGCUGCGGAGAGUGAGGAGUUGGUGCUGUCUACUCUCAGCACACUAAACAACCUGUCCUUCUACGCUGAUCCUUACGCCACUAGAGACGGACCCUUCGGACAGAGGCAGCUGGAGAUAGCACAUGCUUUGAGUGCCCUGAUGUUGACCGGAACAGACGAGUGUUUAGUGGAAGUCACUCGAGUGCUGGGCAAUAUGACUCGCAGUAAAGAGACAAGGGACUACGUACUGGAAACUGGAGGUAUCUGUCAGCUGGUUCGAUGUAUGACUCAUGACAACCGAGACCUGUUGUGUACGACGGCUGGAGUGUUGGUCAACCUGAUGGCAGACUGGGACAAGCGGCUUGCGUUCAAAGAGGAUAACGGUAUCACUAGACUGAUAGAAGUGCUACAGAGGUAUGGGGAGCAAGAUUGGAGGCUCGCUAGUCUUGUCUGUCAAGCGUUGUGGAACUUCUGUAUAGACUCGACACAUUUGUACGCUGCUCUCGGCAUACAAGCCACCAACAACUUGCUGGCAGUGCUGAUAGACUUGCUGGACGAGGAGCGUCUGUUUGGCGUGACGGAGGAGGGUGAGGUCGACGACUCCGUGUCCAACAGCCCAGAAUACCAACAGUGGGAACAGUUUGCGGCUGUCGCUACCAACCUGCUAGAGAAAAUUGAAAAAUACCUUGAGUCCCUUCAAGCUUUCAGGGACCAUAUCUAAAUCUCACCUACAUGAAGUUGUUAUCUUCCCAUUGUUCUUUGCCUUUGAACAAAUCAGCACUUGUUAAAAGAGCCAACAUUUCGAAUCAAAAUAGCCUUUAAUUUAAUUAACUGCAUUUAUAGUAGCUUUAAAAUGUUUAACAUAUCAAUUAUUAACACUCCUUCAAUCACUAGUCAUUAGGUCUAAACUGUUACAAUCCAAUUUCUAAGCUCCAAAAUGUGUUAUGUAAUUCAAAUAUCCUUUCUAACUAAAUUUCGAUGUCAUAGCACACAUAAAUGUUUUUAAAAAAUGUGGUUUUUCAAGUAAAAGUAGAUUGCAUAGGAACUUAGCAGAAAGACUACUUUUUGUUACCCAAAACUAUUUGUUUAGAAUGUUGUUGGAUGAAUAAUUGUUAAUACUUAUAUUUAUUCACAAUUAUUUUAAAGACUGUUAGACUUUGUAAUUUGUUAUAUUUUUUGUAUUAAUUACACAAUAAACAAUUUGAGAAUGUU